GGAGACGCAGCACACACUGCUGCUUCUUCAACUGAAACCCUGACCUGACUCCAGGAGGAGACGCAGCACACACUGCUGCUUCUUCUACUGGAGGACUAAUUCCAGAACUCCUGCUUCAAGAGGAGAUGACUCAGUGGGGACUUUAACUAUUCCUGCUGGAAUAUUAACUUCAAGCCCCAGGAGAAGAAACAGGACUGGCUCCUGCUUCUCUUGCAGGAAUGCUGAAUCCAUGACUUCUGCCUUAGGGAGAGGCACAUGACUGACUCCUGCUUCUCCUGCUAAAUUCUGUACUCCUGCAGGAGGAGGAGGCGCAGCAUGGCUGAACCACUGCUCAGAAGAACCUUCUCCAGACUGAGGGGUAAAGACAGGAGCCGGAGAAAGACAGACCCCAAACUUAACGAGACUCCAGUCAGCUCUGCCACCAUCCAGUUAUCUUCAUCGCCAUCAUCACCAUCACUGAUGACCCCUUCCAACUCUAUAAAUGCAUCCCAACCUGAACCAACCUCACCUUCCAGAAAUCAUAUCACAGUUGCUAAGAAACAACAAUGGGCGAGGCAGGGAGCCUCAGCUUCCCCUUCCUCUAUGAGCUCUAGCCUCCCAACAUCUGACCAGUGGUCAUCGUUGCCUGAUUGUCCCAGACAGACCUGGAACGACAGCGCUGUGCACGACAAGAGAUUUCAACCUGUGUCGAUGUCUUCAUUUGCUGAAACAACAUCAACUAGAGAUACGAUCAACACGCCAUGCUUUCUAGUUACCACCACAAUGCAUGAAGUCUCCCAGUCUGCAGGGGCCCCCACUGAUAUUUCCAACCCUGGUGUUAGUACCAAACUUUCAGGCCAGCGAUCCUAUCUGCAGAGCCUGGAUCGGAGUAGCCGAGCAUGGGUGUUGUCCUCAGGAAAGUCGCAGGCUGCAGAUGAUGUCUGCAGUCCUCGGGAAAAUGACAGCAGCAAUAUCUGGUACAAUCCUAUCCCUGAGGAGGAAGAUGGAGAAGGUCCCCCUAGAGAGGAGGAGGUAUGGAAAAGAAGGGAUGAGAAGAUGGCGGUUGUUCUCAAAGGAGAAAGUUGUAGCAGUGACAGUCCACAGGAUGCCAAUCCAAGUGUCAGUCACAAGAAUGACGAAAUAAAGGAAGAAAUCCCAGACUCCCUUCCUUUAGACUCAAGUCCCACCUCCUUGAAGAAAGGGGGAGGCACUGGUAGCGUGAUGGAAAGAUUGAGGUCCCCCGGUACCGUUAGAAAGCUUUCUUUAAAGAUGAAGAAGCUUCCUGAACUGCGGCGGAAACUCAGCCUACGUUCACAUUCCCGUACCCAUCGCCAGGCCAACAACAGCAGAGAAGGUGUGGAUGAGCCAGCCGAUAAGAAUGCAUCCCCAGUGCUAGCAAACCAGAAUGUCAUCAGCAGAUAUCAUCUGGACAGCUCCACACCGCCACGUCGUCCACUAAGACGGUCAUCCAGACAACGCUCUGCCAGCAAAGGAGGUUAUCUUAGUGAUGGCGAUUCACCAGAGUUGCUACCCCGGCAACAGGGUGCUGACCUCACAAGGCUCCAAGAAGUUCCAUGUGAUCUUAGUUCGUUUCGCCUGUAUGUUGGUUCAGAUCCACCACGAUGCAGUCAGCGUGUGACGGGAUUACUGACUGUCCAUCUGCUGGGCCUUGAAGACAUGAAGAAUAGCAGAUCAGAGGACAGUAAAGAGAUCUUCUUAGCCAUCCAGGUUGAUGGGGUGACAAGAGCCAGGACUGCCCUCUUGACCCUGAAAGGCCCCAACCUGCCAUUAAAUCACACCUUUCACCUGGACUUGGAGAGGGCCCGGCAGCUCCGCAUUGUAGUUUUAACACCAGCUCCUCUUCCGGCAUUUAGCGGGGUCAAAACAGACAUUCUUACUCUUCAGAGUGGUCCAACCAGGAACCGAGUGUGUUGCUUGGGGGGGGUCUCCAUUCCACCACUUUUUAAAGGGAGUCGUUGUCAGCAGCUCUGCUUAAAGCUGGAGCCCAGAGGUCUUCUCUAUGUAAAACUUUCUCUGCAGGAAAAAUGGGAGACACAGCAUGGAAGGGAUCCAUCAACACCUUCUAAUGUGUUUGGGGUUGAGCUCCACCACCUGGUGGAGAAAGAAGGAUCUGCAUCUCCAGUUCCUCUGCUGAUCCAGAAAACAGUGGCAGAGAUAGAGAGACGUGGACUGAAGGUGGUGGGUCUGUACCGAUUGUGCGGUUCUGCCGCCGUGAAGAAGGAACUCAGAGACGGGUUCGAAAAGAACAGUUCAGCUGUGUGUCUAUCAGAGGACCUCUAUCCUGACAUCAAUGUAAUCACAGGUAUUUUGAAGGACUACCUGCGGGAGCUCCCAUCUCCUCUAAUCACGAGGACUUUGUACCAGGUGGUCCGAGAGGCCAUGAUGCUACGACCCCCACCUGAGACCCCUGACCCCGAAGUGGCCCAGUGCACUGUUAAACUUCUAUCAUGUCUACCAGAACCUGAGAAGGCCACACUCUCUCUCCUGCUCGACCACCUCAGCCUGGUAGCAUCCUUCAGCUCUUUUAAUAGAAUGACACACCAGAACCUGGCAGUUUGCUUUGGUCCGGUACUCUUGACACCGACUCAGGAGGCUUAUAGCGGAGGAGCAGAAAGAGGAGCAAGUAGGUCGGGAAAAGGAGCAGGGAAGGCUUUUGGUCCUGUUGAAGACAUCACAAACGCGGUUGACUUCAAACGCCAUAUUGAGGCCUUGCACUACCUGCUCCAGCUUUGGCCAGUGCCGACAAAACGAGUUCCAGCAGACGACCCCCUUCCUCCAUGCUAUCCCACCCUCAGCCAGCCUCUCCAGGUCCAACCAAGCUAUGGAUUGGGUCUCCUCCCCAAUGCUGGGGAGGAAGUGGUGGUUUCACGGCGAGGGCGCGGCGGAUUGCCCCGGCUGGAGAGUCCACCAUCCAUCAACAGAUAUGCUGGGGACUGGACUGUCUGCGGGCAAGACCUUCUGUCCGAGUAUGAAGCCGACUACGAUGAGGUGGCAGGAAGUGAGAGUGAAGGAGGCAGCAAAGAAGAAGAGGAGGAGGAGCACAAGAAAGCCUGGUCAUCAGGAGCAGGAGGAGGUCUUUUUGUGGAUGAGUUCAUAGAUUUUGAUGCUCCGUUUAACUGUCGACUCAGCUUAAAGGACUUUGACACCCUGAUUCAUGAUUUGGACCGAGAGCUUGCAAAGCAGAUCAACAUCUGUUUGUAGAUGUGGUGGGAAGGAACAGAAAGAUGAGGAAAACCAAAGGGAAGAGUCCAGGAUUGAUCUGAUUUUCAAUCAGCUAAAAUUCAGAUUCUAAAAUUUGGUUGUUUUUCCAAAAGUGUUGGAGGACCUUUUCAGCUUUAAACUUUUAUUUUGCACCUUUGAAGCCAUCAUUUUUCAUAGAUGAAGAGAGCAGAUUCCAGACGCCAUCGCUCUGAUGCUUGCAGUCUAGAGUCCUGCUCUGAGAAAGCUCUGGCUGCAGACGUCGCCAAGUGUUUCUCAUUUUCACUAAACCCAGGUCCCAAGAAAGCAAAGCAAUAUUUGGGGUUACAACAGAACCCUAACCCCAACUCUUAACACAGAUCACACUGAUGCAUAAAGUCACCAUUUUAUACAUGUUUUUUUCCUGCCACUCCAUGCAACACACAGAGGGGGAAGUGGGUUUUAGUCUUGAAUGUUUCUGAAGUGUUUCCACCAUCUUGAGGACAGCAUCUGCAGCCAGGAGUUCCUGAAGGCAGAGGGGAAAAUGUAGGGGAUUUCAGGGUUUUGCCGGUACAGUUUUUGUCACUGUGAGUUUGUUUUUUGUUUGUACUUGAUGUUUAUGGCAGUAUUAUUUUGUUUUGUUUUGCACGCACUCAGUGAGCACUUGUUUUUUUUAUAAUUAUGUUUUUAUACAAAUGAUGUAACCAAAGAUUUAAAGCACAGCUCAUGUUAGAGCAACCACAGCUGCCUGUUUUUAUUCCAAAAACAAAUAAUAAACAUUAUUAUUAUUAAUAUUA